AUGUUAUUAUUUGGCUGCACACAGCUCAUCUGUGCUCUGCCAGAUGCGACGUACACUUCUUUAGAUGAAGUUCACGGUAGUGGCUCCAGUGGGCUGAGGAAGGUGUUGAAUCGCAGAAAGCGGGCGUUGGAUAGUUUAGAAGGACGCGGCUUUGGUUUCGACAAGAAGAAAAGAGCUUUGGACGAACUAGAAGGAGUAGGGUUCGGAUUCGACAAGAGGUCCCUGAACUCACUGGAAGGGACCGGCUUCGGUUUCGACAAGAGGGCGCUUAACUCAUUGGAAGGUGUAGGCUUCGGCUUCGAUAAGCGAUUCGUGAAUUCAUUUGACGGAGCUGGCAUCCGUCUUGAUAAGAAGUCCUUGAACUCAAUUGAGGGCGAUGGAUUCGGAUUUGAUAAGCGAUCUUUGAACUCGAUCGAGGGUGACGGAUUCGGCUUUGAUAAACGUGCAUUAAAUUCUAUCGAAGGAGAUGGAUUCGGUUUUGACAAGAGGGCUCUGAACUCCUUGGAGGGUGACGGGUUUGGCUUUGAAAAACGAUAUUAUCCCCGCAUUGUGAACGGUGAGUAA